ACACGAAGAAAAACUAGUAAACGGAAGUGAGCAGUGACCAAGACUACCUUGGCGUUUUUAUAGUUAUUUCGACAUUUAUUAACUCAAAAUAAGACAAAUAUAAUUUCAUAGCAACACCUACCUACCACAGGCAGUCUUUAAUUCGCGUUAGGGACAGCACUUGGUUAAUUGAUGUGUUAUUUAGGUAACGCUCGCUAGCUGCUAACUAACAAUGGCUAACUGUAAUGGGAACGUUAUGGUUUUUCACACUCAAAUAGCCUCCAUCAUGGAGGUGCUAGCAAACGCAGCCGUGGCAGAGAUCUGUAAACUCGUAGACGACGACUAUGCAGUGUGUCGUUUAGAAGUAACUCAAAGCCAGAAAGAAAACAGGACAUUGCGGAGGAAACUACAGCUACUGGAACUGAAGGUGGCACGGGAGCGCGCAGAGAGGACAAUGCGAGAGCGUGUCCUCGGCAGCCGUCCCAGAAGUGUCAAGAUCCUCGACCGAUACAGAGGAAUGGCAAGAGGUGAAGUACAUCUCACUGAAGGCCACAGGAGCUUUGUGAAGCCAGCAGGACACAGCACAUGGACAGAUGAACAACCAAUCACUGUUGAUGAGGGGAGUGGAACCUCAACCCAGCAUGUUAUCGUGAUAGAGUCUGCAGAUGCAGAGGCUGCAGGUCCUGGAGUCAAGCAGGAGAGGACUGAGGGACAGAAGGACACACGGCACAGCAGAGACAUCCAGACUGGAGAGUCUGGUGCGCCCCCUGUAGCCACGGAAAAUCCCACUACCACCCCAACACAGUCCAGGACCCGACACAGCAUCACGGAGGAGGAGGAGGGUUCAGAGGUGCUGCUGGUGAAGGAGGAGGGGUGUGAGGAGAGUCUGGGGAACCCUGAGGGGACCAUGGUCAUGGAGGACAACGAGACUACACCUUCUCUUGAACCCACAGAGGAACCAGCUGAGCAGCACAGGACCACACACAGUCUCACUGAGUCAGUAGACAUGGAGGAUGGGAAGCCUGAUCUGCUGCUGGUCAAAGAGGAGACGAUAGAAGACGGACCAGAGAGCAUUGAUCUGCUGAGUGGACUAAAGAUGGGGGAGCAAGGUGGUUGGCUGGAGGUUAAUAGAGGAGACUGGGCAACCAUCUUGGAUUCCCAGACCCUGACCGGUGCUGCCAAGGGCCCAGGGGACGACAUCACUGAGCAGGUCAGGACCAGAGGUGACAUAGUGGAGGUGCUGCCUUCAGCCUGCCUUCUAUAGGAUCUAUCAACUGGAACAUGGACCCUGUAACAACACAGACACUCCCUGGCCUUCGUCCUCCUCACACUCUCCUAAUGUUAAACCAGACAUCAGACAAUGCCAGUGGCUCAACACUAAAUGGCAGCACCAGCCCAUUGACAAAUGACAGUAGUAGUGACGCCAUCAGUAGAUCCGGUGGCAAAGAGAAGCGCUUCCCGUGUUCAUUCUGUGGGAAAGUCUUCAGUUUCCCCAAACAGGUGGAGAUCCACCAGAGCAACGUUUCCCAAACUUGUUAUAAUCCCAUACUCCUUCAAACAUUCCAGCUGCGUACCCCCUUUAGCACCAGGGUCAGUGCACUCUCAAAUGUUUUUUUUGCCAUCAUUGUAAACAUGCCACAGACUAUAUGAUACUUUUAUUAAACAUAAGAAUGAGUGUGAGUUUGUCACAACCCAGCUUGUGGGAAGUGACAAAGAGUUCUUAUAUGACCAGGGCACAAAUAAUAAUAAAUAAUUUUGCUCUUUAUUUAGUCAUCUUACAUUUAAAACCUUAUUUGUUCAUCAAAAAUUGUGAGUAACUCGCCACAGGUUAAUUGAGAAGGGUGUGCUUGAGUGGAUGCACAUACCUCUGCAAUGUUGGGUGUAUUGGAGAGAGUCUGAGUCUUAAAUCAUUUUCCACACAGUCUGUGCCUGUAUUUAGUUUUCAUGCUAGUGAGGGCCGAGAAUCCACUCUCACAUAGGUACGUAGUUGCAAAGGGCAUCAGUGUCUUAACAGGCCGAUUUUCCAAGGCAAGAAACUCUGAGCCUUAUCCAGAAAUCUGGCAGUGGCUUCUGAUUAAAUUUGAUUUUCACAGAUAUCAGUAAGUUUUGUUCAGAUAUCAGUAAGUUGACUGGAGGCAGGGCAUAAAAGGGAUAACGAUUCCAGUUGUUUGUGUCAUCCCCUUCGGGAAAGUACCUGCGUAGUUGCACACCCAGCUCACUCAGGUGCUUCGCUAUAUCACAUUUGACAUUGUGCGUAAGCUUGAGUUCAUUUGCACACAACAAAAAUCAUACAAUGAUGGAAAGACCUGUGUGUUGUCCUUGUUAAUGCAGACAGAAAAGAGCUCCAACUUCUUAAUUAUAGCCUCAAUUUUGUCACAUUGAAUAUAGUUGCGGAGAGUCUCUGUAAUCCUAGAUUCAGGCGAGAAAAAAACAUCAUAAACUCGUCAUCAUGCAAGCGGUCAGACAAGUGAAAAUUAUGGUCAGUAAAGAACUUUAAGCUGGUCUCUCAAUAAAAAAAAGUGUCAAUACUUUACCCCUUGAUAACCAGCGCACUUCUGUAUGUUGUAAAAGCGUUACAUGGUUGCUACCAAUAUCAUUGCAUAAUGUAGAAAAUACACGAGAGUUCAGGGGCCUUGCUUUAACAAAGUUAACCAUUUUCACUGUAGUGUCCAAAAUGUCUUUCAAGCUGUCAGGCAUUCCCUUGGCAGCAAGAGCCUCUUGGUGGAUGCUGCAGUGUAACCAAGUGGCAUCAGGAGCAACUGCUUGCACGCACGAUACCACUCCACUAUGUCUCCCUGUCAUGGCUUUUGCGCCAUCAGUACAGAUACCAACACAUCUUGACCACCAAAGUCCAUUUGAUGUCACAAAGCUGUCCAGUACUUAAAACAACAUCCUCUCAUGUUGUCCUGGUUUCCAGUGGUUUGAAGAAGAGAAUGUAUUCCUUAAUUGACGUAACAGACAUAUACCAAGAGCUGAGACAGGCCCACCACGUCUGUUGACUCAUCCAGCUGUAACACAUAAUUCACUGACUUGUAAGCGAAGCAGUAAUUGUUUCAAAACAUCUCCUGCCAUGUCACUGAUGUGUUGUGAAACAGUUGUUUGAUGAAUGCAUUGUCUGUAUAGUUUUUUUGGGCCUUUUCCCCCAGCAUUGUCCCAGCCAUAUCUGCGGAGCAAGAAGAAUUAAGUCCCCCACAAUAGUAUGGGGCUUGCCUGUCCUAGCCACUCAGUAGCUCACCAUAUAAGAUGCUUCUAGCCCCUUAUUAAUGCAUCUGUUCCUUUUAUACAUGUCAUCUUUAUUCUCAAUCAAAUUGUCAUGUUUCGUUUCUAAAUGUCUGCGCAAGAGUGAAGGCGUCCCGCGAGAAGGCAACGGUUCAUGUGAUUGGAUGUUAAUUAUUUGACUAGGCUACCUGUAGUUGACUUUGCUGAUAUUUCGCAGUGAAAACGAGACUACUCAGGCAAAAAAUAAACCUUAUCCAAAUGUAUAGCCCCGUUGGAUAAUAUAAAUUUACGAUUUGAAAACGGGAAGAAAAUUUUAAAUGUGAAUCACAUUUUUAUUUGGAAGUACCCCAGUUUGGGAAUACCUGCACACGGGGAACAAACCGUUCGGCUGCCAUCUGUGCCAGGCCAAUGUGUCACACUUGUCCAGAUGUGGCAGCGGAGAAAUCCUACAGCUGCACCCCAGUGUGAGAAGAGGUUCUCCUGCCAGCACCAGCUGAAGAAUCACCCGAAGGUCCACACAGGGAGAGAAGCUGAUCGCACUGCGGGAAGAGGUUCUCGGGGAGGAGCUACCUCAGGAUACUACCAGCAGAACAUGCACACGGCCCAUGUAUAGAGUAUAGUGACAUGCAAUGUAGUACUAGUUAGUUUGUUGUUAAUUCUGUUGAUUGUGGAUGUAGUAGGGAACUGGUUGAGGUGAACUGAGGAAGGAAUGAGUGUGAUGAGGCCGAGUAGAUAUGGUGAUGGUUGGUGUGAUGUCUGUAAAAAUGUUUCACCGGUUAAGUGUCAUGUUUACUUGACAAAGUAGUGAAGAUGUGUGUAAUGAACCUUUUCCAAAGUAUUCUAAAUUGUAUUUUAUUAAAGUGAAGGUACAGAAAGGUCUAAUAUCGAGAAUGUACUCAGGUUCUC